CUAAUUAAAAACCGAUCUCUCAUCGCUCCCGUUUUCUGAUAUGUCGCGUGGGAGAUCUAACGAAACCCGCUUUGAGGUCACAUGUGAGUGAACUGGAACUUAUGAAUUUAUAAUGAUAUGCAAAUAAGUUUACGACCUAUCAAUAAGCCAAUCAAAAAAGUUUUCCUUUUGAUCUUUUGGAUUGAAUGGGAAAAUGGCGGACGAUACAAUGGAUUCGAUGAUUACAGAAGUUUGUGCAUUAUUUGGAGUAGAAAUGUUAAAAUUUGAGCAAAGAGAAAUUGUCAGAUCACUUUUAGCGAGAAGAGACUGUAUGGCUGUAUUACCGACGGGAUUUGGAAAGUCACUCCCGUACCAGAUUUACCUUCCUUUGAUACGGAGGAUGAAAGCUGAGCCUGAACCCACUGAAGUGUUCACUCCAGAAACUGUCAACAAUUUAGAGAAGCUUGACGUAGAAGAGAAAAUAAUUGUCUGUUGUCCACUUGUAUCACUUAUGAACGACCAAGUAAAGCGUCUAGAAACUGUACCUGGAUUGAAGUCAGCCUUUAAAGGCAACUCUGAAGAAGGUGAUCAACAGAUAAAAAACGGAUCAAUUGAUGUCAUAUUUGCAUCUCCUGAGACACUGGUUGGCGAUCCUUAUUGGAGGUCACAACUCCAGCAGCUUUCAGUAGGAUUGAUAGUUCUAGAUGAAUUUCAUACCAUAACAACAUGGGGAGGUGAUGAAGAGACAGAUGAGCAGGAAGCAUUUAGGAAGUGGUUUAGAUACAUAGGAGAGAUGAGAGCAAUGUUUCCAAAUGCUACUGCAUUAGCAUUGAGCGCUACUUGCACCAACAAGAUAAAAAAGCAGGUCAUGAAAAUCCUGAACUUUAAAACAGACAACACUAUGUUUUUGAAUGUGUCUCCAAACAAGAGCAAUAUUAAACUUGUUGUUAAAAAAAUUGAAAAUUCUGUUGACACUGCAAUGUUUUGGCUUAUAGACUCUCUUGAACGUUUAGGACAGGAUUUUCCUAAAACAUUGAUAUAUGCCAACAGCAUAAAUAAAGUUUCAAAAUUGUAUAAAUACACUACAACUGAGGUGCCAAUGUGUAAGUCUCUGGUUGAAAUGUUUCAUUCUGAAACAUCCGACAAAAAUAAAAAUAAAAUAAUAGAGGCUAUGUGUCAAAUGUCUAGUGAUAUUAGAAUUGUAUUUGCAACCACUGCAUUAGGAAUGGGUAUUGAUGUAGUAGCAUGUCAUAGCAUCAUACUAUACGGGUCACCGAGAAGGAUACUGGAUUUAGUUCAGGAAAUAGGAAGAGUGGGCAGGGACAAUACCAACUCUGUUGCAAUUUUACUGCACAACUCCUUCCAUUUAAGAAGUGUCAACAAGGAAGUCAGGACAGUAUUCACAAAAAAUACUUGCAGAAGACAGGUGCUGAUGAGUAAUUUCUUGCAAGAUACUGAGUUGGAAGAACUUGCUAAAAAAGAAUGUAACAAGCACACUUGUUGUGAUAAUUGUGCCAAAAACUGUUCAUGUGGGGAUUGUGAAAUUCUGCAAAUCGAAUCUUUAAUUGAAAAUGUUGAAACUGUGCCACAUGACAGUGAUAGCGACACAAUUGAGUAUGAGUACAAUGCUGCAGCUGAUGAUGGUGUUGAAUUGUUUAGUUCUGAUGAUGAUUUUUUGGCAGAAUUGGAUGAAAAUGUUUGAAAAGAAAUAUCUGCCUUCUAUUUUUUCUUGCAUUGUGUUAAGGUUUACUGGGAUUGCGCUUUUAAAUGUGAUAGCAAUUGUUUAAGGUUUACUAUUUAUAUAUACUGUAAAUUCAGAAAUUAUUGCAUGCAUUUAUAUUUAUAUUUUUGUCAUUUUAGACUAAAUUGCGAUUUGAGUUUUUGCGAUAUUGAGAAAAAUCCUGUUUAAUUCAUAUAAAAAAUUUCAAAAUGCAAGUUCAAAUCAUUGCGAUUAUAACCCUGUCGCAUUUUUUGCAAUAAUAAAAACAUCCCAAUAAUUUCUGAAUUUACAGUAUCUUAUCAGCAAAUGAAAUUCAGUAUCAGGAAGCUUUGAAAUCAAAGUGCAUUCCCAGCUGGCUGCUAC